CCCCCUCAUUCGGCGGUCCCGUCUGGGUCAAUUUCGCCCCCAAGUCUAGCCGAGUCGUCGCGAUCCUGGCGCCGAUCUGAUCCGUUCGUGUCGUCGUCAGAUUUUUUGGGCGACCGCUUGCUUCGCUUGCUUUCUUCCGGUGCGCUUUUACUGCGGGGGUCGUCUUGGGUGGGUCGGAUUCGUAGGCCCUAGUUCGUUUGAUCGGGUGGGUGACGCGAAGAGGGGAAUGCUGCUGGUUUGUGUCUGUUUGUGGUGAUGGUGUUCCUUCAGUACACUAGAAUCUGGUCCAGAUUUGUGUUAGUCUUAGAGCUGCUUUAUCCUGCACACGGAAUGGACGAACUGGUAACCUGUAAGCUCAGGUUGAUUAUUAUCAGCAAUAGGCAAUUAUUUGUUAUGGCAAGAUGUACACCGAUUUGUGCCUAUUAUUUGCAUUAUUAACGGUCCACUACUCCAGUGUGGUAUCUUGGUGUAUUAGGUUAGUUGUAAUUCUGAUUCUGAUCUGGUAUGGCAUAUUGACUCUAAUUGCUGUGAUUAUUCGGCGUUAUGUCGGUCAGAGUGCUUGUAGGCUCACAUAAGCACUCACUGUUGUUCUUUUAAAUCGCUCCAUUUGAUGUAAGUUACUAGAUCUUUGCCAGCAAUGGAGGCAUUGACUAUAACUUUACGAAGUCACUACUUGUUCUACGAAAUGGGUUCUAGGAGCUUGUCUCCUCUUUCAUUUUCUUGCGAAUCCAUUUUGAUAUCUCAAGGCACUAGACAGAUUGUGCAUAACUUCGUCGAUGAUCACUUUUAACUUUCAUGCAAGGCAUUAUUGUUCACUAAAAGGAAACUAUGCCACAAAAGUUCCAAGCAGUGCAAUCUUCGCUUAAGUUUCAUGUGCUUGUUGUGUACAGUUAGUUAGUUGUUCUUGAUGCUAGUUAGGGAGCUAUGCCUAUUAUCUGCAAAUGAACAAAUGGCACAGUUUCUGACUAACGCAUGGGUGCCACAUUGGAGCAUUCUAGUCUUGAUAAAAAGUGAAAUAGUUUUGUUUUGUUUGACUUUUCUCUUUGUAGUUAUCAUUCUCAAUGUUUGAGAAAUUCUGUGCGCAUGUUUAUUGUGGGAAUCCUGUAUGGUGAUAUUAAAGACAAAAUGCACGCCUUUGGAAAGUUAAUCUUCUGUAAUGUAUUCUGGAUUACUCUAGUGCAAUGAUAUUAAUUUGAUGCACUCCAACACUAACCCUUUCGAGACUUCUUAUUUGGAUACUGUUUUUGCUCAGUCUCUUAACUUUGUCAGUUUGGAAUUGGCAUUUGGGACCAUAUUAUUGCUCUUGAUAUAAGACAUGCAUGGCCACUUUUAGCUAUGUUUCCUACGUCUGUAAAUUGUAUUAUUUGCUGUUGUGAUUGCCACAUAGAUAUUUGCACUGAAUUUUCCCCACUGCUCAUUUACAGAUUUGUUGAUCAAAGAACCAUGGAAGGGUCGUUCCAGUUGAACCCAAAUGCCAGUCCUUUCAUACCUGGAUCCCUGAGUUCAUUCGCAGACAAGGCCCCAGAAAACCAAGCAGAGUCAUCGUCAAAGGGUGACUCUUCUGGUGACACUUUUGAUCCUUCUGAGUUUGAGGAAAAUGACAUGGAUCCACUUGCUCUAGCCAAAAUGGUCGUUUCAAUGUUCCCAAAUGUCUCUACAGAUUUCAUUGAUGAGUUACUCAAAUCAACUGAUUUUGACAUAAAUCUGACUAUUGAUAUGCUGAAUGAGUUGAGCUCACAAGAUAUGCUUCAUGAUGAUGCUGAAGAUAUCAAUGAUCUGCAUGAUGACCAGGGCCUAUCUGGGGAGAGUUACCACUGUGUUGAAGUGCCUGAGAGUAGCAGCAAUCUCAAUCAAGGUCUGCAGAAUGAGAAGUCAGCAACAACUUCUGAUGUGAAACCUGCCCUGCCAAAGUUCUCAAAUAUCAAUUUUCUUGACAAUGACCUGGGCGUGCCUGAUGACAAGUCAGCGGGGGCUUCAGCUGCAAAGUGAUCUUCAUGCCAAGAUGCUCUGUUUGAUCCGAAUUACUGCAUUCUGAUGUACAUAUUAGUCGCACCCAGAAGUGUGGCUUGGAGGACAAAGCAGUGGAAGCAAUGAUUCCAUUUCCGUACGCAGAGCUAGCUUGCUGUUUCUGGUCGCCAUUCUGAGUUUCGAAUCCCUUGUUCAGCUCUUUUGGACCUAGUAGCUAGAUAUUUCUGGUGGUUAUCCUGCGUUUUACACCCCUUGGUUCACUCAUCAAGACCGAGUAAUACCUGGUGGUCGUCCUGAUUUUUACAUCGCUUGGUUGAAUGGUUGGUACUUAAGUCAGUUCGAACCCUGCAAGUUAUGCUGCGGCAGCUCUUUUGCGUGUGAUGUUCUGGGAGUGUUAUCCAUACUGCUUGUGGUGCUGUUUACUGGAUUACCAGUCAUAUAUGAAUACUAGCUUUAUCAGAUCAUGUCACCUUUCA